AUGGCCCCGCGUCACGUCGUGCCCAUGUCCACCAGCCGCGCUGCCCGCGGCGUCUGCGUGCUGGGCACCGAGGUCUUCCUGGACACGCGCCGGUCCACCCCGAGAGGUGCCGCGUCCUUUGACGUGCACGCCACGCCGGCGGUGACAGUGCACGUCAUCCACAGCCCCGCCACAAAGCCCAGCCUGGACUCCCGGUGGCCCCUGGAUCCCGACAUCGAGGUGGUGGUGACCAUCGAUGUCACCAGCAGGACCGUCGAUGACAACCAGGUGAAGAUCUCCUACUACGACCGCGAGGGCCGCGAGCUGGCGGUGGCCUGGCUGUACCUCACCUGUGUCGAGGUGUCCCUGGACGUGGACUGGAGCCGCAGCGGCCGCGUCAAGAGCAAGGGCAAGGACAAGGUGAGGGCGGGUCCGUCGCCGGCCUCUUCCUGGAAAAUCUCCAGGAGGGACAGGGACCUGGGUGGUGUCUGCGUGAGGGCGAGCAGCCCAGGACGUCCUCAGCCUACUCAUCGAGGAGGAAAAGGAUUUAUUUUCCUAUUCCACGCCAAAACCUCCUGCGGCUCCAGCCAGGCCCUGAGGAUCCUCAACCUCCAGGACAUGUCGGUGAUGCUGCUGCGGACGCAGGGACCCAGCGCCGUCUUCGCCGAGUACCCGGUGGUGCUGCACGUCCCAGAGAGCGACGCCGACAAAGUGCGGGUUUUCCACGCCGUCCGUGGUGAUGCUCCCCCGCUCUACAAGCCCGUGCUGGGGCCGGACAAGCUCUCCUACGUGCUGGAGCGCGCUGGCCAUGGGGACAGCACCUUCUACGUGGAGGGGCUGGCGUUCCCCGACAGGGGCUUCAGCGGCCUCGUGUCCUUCAGCGCCAGCCUGCUGGAGCUGCCCCAUAAGGACUCGCCGGGCACGCCGAUCUUCACGGACACCGUGGUGUUCCGCGUGGCGCCCUGGAUCAUGACGCCCAACACCCAGCAGCCGCUGGAGGUGUUUGUCUGCAGGCUGCGGCUGCUGCUGAGCAAAGCCGGCUGCAAACUGACCGUGUGCUCGGAGCAGGACACGCGCAGCGACCGCUGGAUCCAGGAUGAGCUGGAGUUCGGCUACGUGGAAGCUCCACACAAAACCUUCCCCGUGGUCUUCGACUCUCCCAGGAACAGAGGCCUGAAGGAUUUCGCUUUUAAGAAGAUCCUGGGCCCGGAUUUUGGCUACGUGACCCGGGAGCCCCCCGGGAAGAGCGUGAGCAGCCUGGACUCCUUCGGGAACCUGGACGUGAGCCCGCCGGUGACGGUGCGGGGCAAGGAGUACCCGCUGGGGCGCAUCCUCAUCGGCAGCCCCCUGCCCUGGGCGUCGGGCCGCAGGAUGUGCCGCGCCGUGCGGGAUUUCCUCUUCGCGCAGAAGGUGCAGGCGCCGCUCGAGGUUUACUCCGAGUGGCUCAGCGUGGGCCACGUGGACGAGUUCCUCACCUUCGUCCCUGCCCUCGACAGGAAGGGAUUCCGGCUGCUCCUGGCCAGUCCCAACGCCUGCUACAAGCUCUUCAAGGAGAAGCAGCAGCAGGGCCACGGAGAGGCCACGCAGUUCAUUGGGCUGAAGGGCGCUGAGAAGAGAAGCAUCGAUGAGAUCCUGGCAGACGAGUCCCUGCGCAGUGACAACCGGCACGUGCAGCGCUGCAUCGACUGGAACCGCGACCUGCUGAAGCAGGAGCUGGGGCUGAGUGAGCAGGACAUCGUGGACAUCCCGCAGCUCUUCAUCCUGACCAACUCCCGCGCCGACGCGCUGUUCCCGGACAUGGAGGGAAUUUCCGUGUCCCUCCGUUCCUUGUCUCCACCGGACCGCAACACUUCCCGCUGCCCGCCUGGCACCGCCUGGCACCGCCCCGGGAACCGAAACCCGCCCAGUGCCCCGGGCACGGCCCUGCGGGGCCCCGCUGCCCUUCUGGGGCCGGACACGCUCCUCUGGGGCAAUUUGCUUUCCUGGCAGCAUUUCUAA